GGAUAAAAAUAUUUAAUGAGCAACUGCCAUUGGUCAAUCGCCCAAAGGUGACAUUUACUUCGCAACGCUCCUAGAAUCUUCUAGUCUUCAAGCAAAUUUUCUACAACGUACAUCAAGUGGUUGAAGAACAUAAUUUAUGCGAGAGUAUAUGUUUCUUACACUUUGACGAGAGUUUCCUUAAGUUUUGAUGCCCUGGCUUGUACAUAGACAAUAGCAGAGAAAAAAAAAUUAUGGCGAGUAACCGCACGAUCAAUCGCACGGUAGAACUUAUGCUGAUCAUGUACGGUGUCUGGCCAGGGGUAUCAUGCGUGUUGUUCUACAGAGUGUUUUGGUUGAUUACGCUAGUAAUUACGCAAUUCUACCACUAUCAGUACUUUGUAGUGCAUUUUCAUUUCGACAAUCUUUUCGAGUUAAUGGACUGCUUGAGCAGCUUUUUGGCGCUUGUGAAAAUGACCGUUCGGCUCGUUAUGUUUUCGUUAAAACAGCAAAAAUUUAUCGAAAUCUUGACGAUGAUGGCGGAAGACUGGAACUAUCCCGAUAACACUGGCGUAGCGUUGCGCGAAACGGCGAGGAAAGCAAAACUAUCGAGUCGCAUUUGUAAUGGAAUAAUUAUUCUUCACACAAUCUCUGCGCUUGCAUAUGUCACUAGCAUUCUGCUGGCCGAUGCCGACAUCAACGAUCGAACGGCUAAACUGCCUCUUAUGAUGAGAAUGGAAUAUCCCUUCGUUAUAGACACGCAACGCAAGUACAGGCUGGUAUUAGCUACGCAAUUCGUUUCUGUCAUGAUGUGCACUUGGGGAGCCGGUUUAUUCAACGCUUUGUUUCUAACUCUGGUAACGUGCAUCUACAUAAGCGAGUAUCAUAAGCAAAAUAUAAUUAUGUUCACAAUUAAUUCACCGCU